AUGCUUGACCUAAAGUACAGUAUGCAGCAUCUGCUGGCACGGAUGCUGUACAAAACAAACCACAAGGCAGCGUUGAAAGCUGUGGAUGGAAUGAUCCAGGACGUUGAAGCAUAUCGCCAUUCUGCCUGGGAAUACGCCUUUCGCUUCCUUCGCGUGUCGCUGUCAUUGUCCUCGUCUGCCCACCAGGAAUCUACUGCGGCGCUACAACAUCUCCACAAGAUCUCAAACAUGGCGAACCGGAAUGGGGACAAAGCUGUUUCUGCCAUGUCUGCUCUGAUUGAAGCUUUGGCGCACCUUCAACAAGUAUCCAGCUCCGACUCUAUUGAACAAGCUCAACGUGCGAUAGCGGUGGCUCGAAGCCACCAGUUGAAUGACGAAUUGCGCCAUAUCCCGCAACUCACGACUCUGGUCCAGAUUGUGGAUAUCUGUUGUAGCUUACUGGAGUUCGACGUCGUUCAAUCUUCUCAAAAGCUCAAGGUGCUCCAAGACCUAAUGGAUGCGCGGCUGGGUGACUCAAUAUGGCGUGCUGAUGGGUCGUUUUCCAUUCCGUUGAGCGGCAAAUCCGCUGGCCCUUCUUCCAUCGACACGGGCGAUAUCCUCCAGGUACAGAAUGGCACGUUACUUUUGAGCUUCAGCUGGUUGCCGCAACAUGAUCUCUACGCGCUUUGCUAUUUCCUCAGCUCAGUCACUCUAAGCUGCAAAAACUCGUACGACGGACGAAAGGCUGAAAAGUUCCUCCUGGAAGGGGUACGCAUGCUACGAGGCAACUUUCAAUCACCCCAAGAAAUCAUCACAGAAUCAUUGGUUAGCGCGAAUCGACGCGUAGAAUGGCGCAGGACGUUAUUCUGUAACCUACUUAUUCAACAAGUCUUUCUUGCUUGCGGACGAACAGACUGGGAUCUUGCAAGCAGAACUCUUAAAGAACUCCAACAAGAGACCGAAGCGCUGGAGGAUACUAGCCUUUCCGGUGGAGCGAUCCAGUGCUUGAUGCAGUAUGCAGCCCCUAUACUCUCAUUGUCAUCUUCAUUCAGCAAAACCGCUCGAAACGACCCCCACCGUGACGUCGCCAUUCUUGCCGCAAUCAACACGGUCCUCAUUCUCCGAGACCCAUCCCAUCCUUCCCACUCUCACCUUCCAAACCUCCUCUCCAUUCUCGAUUCCUUCUGCCGCGCAAGUCCGAGCAAGUACAUUCAAGCCGCAUACCAUCUACUCUGUGCAACCGUACAGACCGACUCCACCAUCCAGACUAAACAGUACCUCCAGCAAGCCCUACAAUCUGCCACGGCCAUCGGAAACAGCCAAAUCACCUGCAUGACGCUGACCUUUAUGAGCUGGAAAUAUUUCCGCGGAGUUGUCGGUGAACAAGCCGAGAAGAGCGCACGAGCAGGCCAAGUCAUGGCGAAAAAGGCCAGCGACCGACUCUGGGGUAGCGUCACAGAUGAGAUCCUCGCGGAUACCCUUGAACGCCAAGGCAAGCGCGAAGAAGCGAAUGGUGUCCGAGAGGAAGGGAACCGAAUCAUGAUGGGCCUGCCAUCGGCGCUGAGGCGGCCUGCGCCAUAG